GCGCGCCUCGCUCUUCUUCUUUUGAGCGACUUGGUACGAGUCUGCUUCUACAAAGAGAGCAAAGAGAGUCUAUGGUAGCUGGGUCCCCGAACAGCCUGCAGCCUAGCACUUGCUUUUCAAGAUGGCGGCCGAUAAAAUAUUGUGUUCUGAUUCUAACUUGAAGCAGUCAAUCAUUUCUAUCGCUGGAAGAGCUUAGGGUCAUAUAAUGGGCUCCUCUUAUACUUACACAAGCGAUGUAGACGACAAUUUGCUCUUUCAGGAAAAUAGGCGUUAUUUGAAGACAGUUCCAUGCCAGACCAGCAAUUUCCGGGAACCGAGUAGUGGACUGCCCCUUUCUUAUGCUGCACCAGGAAUUUUUACAGGACAACACUCUCUUGCACAUCAGCCAGAGUUCUGUGCUAGUUGCAAAGCAAAGCAAUCCAUAAAAAUCAAACAACUCAAUUCUUUUGAGUCUUCUGGUAAGAGAGAUUUUUGUGAUGAGUUUGAGGAGUACAGAGCUUUAUUGGAUCUAACAUACGGACUGUGCCCAGCAUGUGAGUCGGUGCUGAAUAGUCAUCUGGCAAACCAAGAAAAGGAUUUACGCUGCAUUAUGUUAAAUAAUUAUCUUCAGCUUUCAAAAAUAACACCUUUACCCAAUAAGGGUAGCAACCGAAGAGAGUCGAGGAUGUCUCCAUGGACUAUAGUACUUCAGUUCUCCUCUCUUCUUUUUCUGACAUUGCUUUUAAAAGCAGAAAUUUGCAAGUGCAACCUUCUCUAUAAAGAAAAUGUUUUCACAUUAUCCAUUCAAAAUCUUCUGAGAAGACUUCAUGAUGGCUUGGAGGCAUGGUUACAUCAUUGGAAGCCAGGGAAAAGUAUUUAUUCCCCAGUGCUGUUUGAAAUUGUAACAGUCAUCUGUGCUGGUUACAGGAAAUGGGCAUUAAUGCAGACUUUCAUCCUAAGGAAUCCUCUUCAUCUUGUUUCCAUCAGUUUUAUUAUUCAAGUUGUCAACUUUGUUAGAUGGCAAACCAGGUUGGGGAUUGUGACUCUGGUGGUGUCUUUUUCUCUUGGUGUUUUAUUAUGUAGUGAAGCUGAUACAAUACAGACCAUAGGUCCUAUCCUCGCUUUAGUCUGCUGGGCUCUGAAUCUCAUCGCUUGUAUCUAUGCUGCCCUGCUGAAUUAUAGAAGCUCAAAAGUAGUGAAGAAAAAAAGGAUACGGUCUUGUCGAAGUAGUACGCCUUGCUCAACAGAUUCCUAUAAACAGGAAAACCAGUUCAGUGAGGAUUCUGAUGAUGAUGCUGAAGAUAAUCUUCCUAGUUAUUUUGACCACACCCUUAAUUGGUUAUCGCUAGACAUGUCAGACAGCCAAAAAGUACAAGCGAGGACCAGUAGUCCAGGCUCCUAUUGGUCUGGUGUGACCAUCCCUAUGAGCACUACACUACAAGACUCUACUCCAAGUCCUCUUGUAGCAACGGGUGAAAGGCCUCUCAUAGUUCCUGCUACCCUCAACCUCAGCAAUGGCAGCCUGUGCAGAGGAGGUCUAAAUCAAACUUCCCAUGCAAAUCACCAAAUGCAUGAUAUUAGCAUGGAGUCUCAAGGGGAGGAGGAAAAUGAGGAAAAAGGGCCCUUUCAAGCAUACCCUCAGAAAGACCAAUCUCCAAGAUGGAGUCCUGCUGGGAUUGUCUGCGGGAUGCUCUUCUCAUUAAAAUGUUUGCUUAUUAUUAGUUUGCUCUGUAACAUUGCCUUAAUUUUCUUGCUUGUAAAACAACUGCGCACAUCAGAUAAAUAAGCUACUCCUAAGUGAAGUUUUAUACAUGACGACUUUAAAAAGCUGCAGAGAUGUAGUUAUAUUACUAUAUAUUACUAAUAUUACUUAACAUUAUAAAAGAAUGUAAAUGUAUAUUUUUUCAAUAAAAUUAUUUAUAUUUC